CUGUCCCGAACGUCCUAGUCGUGAGAUAACAUCAUGGACUUUCUACGUAACUACGAAGCGGACGAGCAGGAGGAAGAAUCAGACGAUAGGGAAUCGAAUCGGGAACAGACCGCGUCACCGACCGGUUCAUCGAGCUCUUCCUCCACGACGGCCGGAACGCCCGACAGGAGUGGCCACGGCAAACCAUCUACUACUGCACGCCGUAAGGAUGAAAAGCAUGACGAUAAGAAGAAGGAUGAUAAGAACCUCCAGCACAAAUCGCGCAAGGAUCAGCAUGAGAACUCUUCGUCAUCGAACGAUAAUCACCGCUCGCGAUCCUCUUCGCGCUCGACGGACGGUUCUGGUUCCAAGUCUAGAUCGCGCAGCCCAUCGCCAGCAUCAUCGCGUACCAAAUCGAAUGGUGCCGAUGCUCAAAAAUCGGCACAGAAAACAUCUUCGGCUAGCAAGGAUAGCAAAGACAGACAAUCGAGAUCACCGGUAGGUCCUCAGCGUCGUAGUACAGGUUCAAUACCACACACAGGUGGCACCAGCAGUAGCAAUAAGAGCCCUGCGAAAGCAGAGCCUAAGGAUAGAAGAAAAUCUUCCCCACCGAGAAAGGAAGCUAGCAGACGUAAUCGAAGCACUUCCCGUGACCGUGAUCGUAAAAAUCGUGAUAAGGAACGUGAUCGUACGCGGGAGCGUGAACGCGAACAGCGCAAUCGUGAGCGGGAACGCGAUCGAGAUCGUGAGCGGGAGCGGGAAAAGAAUCGCCAAAAGGAUCGUGAUCGUACACGUGAUCGGGAACGGGAAAGAGAACGGGAACGGGACAGAGACCGGGAACGCAAUCGUCAUGAACGGGGAGCGGCUCGCGAUUCUCGUGGCGAUUAUCGAGAUCAACGUCGAGGAGGAGGCAAUUGGAGCAAAUCCAAUGAUCGAGACAAUAACCGACGUGACUCUCGUGGAUACGAUCGUAAGGAUAAACGAAGCGGUCGAGAUUACGACAAGGACCACCGUAGGAGUCGUCGCUCAAACUCACGCGAAUCACGCAAUCGUCGACGUCACUCGUCGAUGACUCGGGAUUCCCGCUCUAAAUCCCGUUCGCGAUCGCGAUCGCGAUCCUGCAGCAAAUCUUCACCACCGCGUGCCAGUCAGCAGCAACAAACACCAACGUCACACCCUUCCUAUGCUGGCGGGCUGCUUCCCACACCACCUAGCAGAUUUACACAAAAUACAACCCCAUUGUUACCUACUCCGCCUGUCCCUCAGUCACUGUUGGGAAUCCCUUCGGUACUACCUUCCUCAACUGCAGGCAUACCGUCCUUGAUGAGCAUCCCAACGAAACCUCCGAUCGGUUCGCUUAUCCCUCCAGCCGUCGCGGCCAAACUAAAUCUCUCGAACGAGGCUAAAACUGGCCAGCUUGGUCUACCAGUCUCUCAAACACCUGUUCAAGAUCCAACCGUCGCAAGCAUGCUACUGUCCCGUAGCGCAUUGCUGCGUAAUACCGCAAAAGCAGCACAGCUAGAAAAGAUGGGCAUCGAUGUGCUGCAACAGAACCAGAAAGCAGUCGACAGUGUACCGCUCCCGUCGUACUACAAUCCGGGCGUUGUGAAUCCGGUCCGAUAUGCCGAUCAGGUGCAAAAGCGCAAACUGCUCUGGAGCCACAAAACAAACGAAAGCAAGGAGGUAUCGUCGAACAUUAGCAAAUGGGAACAGGCCAAGUUUGCCCAGGACACAGAUGGACGGGUAGCGUCGAAAUUUCUCCGACUGAUGGGUGUAAAGGAUCCGAAGCCGGGCGAAGAAUCGACAUCACCGCCACCAACCGCAGCGGGCACAUCUUCGUCAUCAUCACUCACGGCCACAGCUAGAUCGAGUGGCAGUGCUGGUGGUACGGCAGGAACUGGUGGCACAUCAAACGGGGGCAAAGCAUCGGGAGAUAGUAUUAAGAAGCAGGAAGAACUGUUCUCAACAAUGGAACAGCAGUACGAAGUGGCGCGCCAGGUGACUCAUACGAUGCGCGGCGUUGGGCUUGGAUUUAGCUCCCAAGCUCGUCAGUUCUAA